CUCUCAUUCGUUCGUUUAAUUUGGAUUUUACUUUUAUCAUGGCGUUCAAACCAUCCAAUUAUUUAUGCCAUGAUCUCUCUGGAUUCACAUUUCUUCAUCUCUCGUUUUUUUCCUGCUCGUUUUCAAAUUUCUUUCUGUCACCUCCCCUUACUCUAUUGAAAGUUUAAACACACAUUUAUCCAUAAAUUCCAUUUUCAUUUUCUUGGUAGAUCUGGGAUCUUGUUAUUCUUUGGUAGAUAUAUUGAGAUUUUUCAUAGCUAUUGUUUUAUUGUAAUCAUACAAAAUCCUUUUAUAAUCAUAUCUGUUAUGUCGUAAUUAUGUAAGACAUUCAAAUAAAAGAAGAGUUUUAUUGAUCAUUUUGUUAUUUUUCGCUUGAACGCAAGUAGGUUUCUAGUGAAAUUCAAAAAAUGAAACUUUUGGUGAGAGUAAAAGAAGCAAGAAACAUACCCGCCAUGGAUCUUAAUGGGUUUAGUGAUCCUUAUGUGAGAUUACAGUUGGGAAAGCAAAGGUUUAGAACAAAAGUGGUGAAGAAGAGCUUAAACCCAAAUUGGGAAGAGGAGUUCCGUUUCAAAGUUGAAGAUUUAAAUGAAGAACUUGUAAUUAAUGUUUUGGAUGAAGAUAAGUACUUCAACGAUGAUUUUGUUGGGUUUCUCAAGGUGCCAGUUUCGCGGGUUUUUGAUGCGGUUGAUAAGUCUCUUGGCACUGCUUGGUACCCUCUUCAACCCAAGAAUAAGAAGGCCAAGAACAAGGACUGUGGCGAAAUUCUUUUGAGUAUAUCCUUUUCGCAUAGCAGUUCAGGUAUGGACUUGAAUGGUAUAACUGAUUAUGGAUCACAUGUGAGGAAACAUCCAGACAUACAAAUUGAAUCUCCUUCUAGAUCUUUCAAUGGCCCAUCAAGUGCACCCUCUCCAUCGAGAGUAGAAGAUAUCACAUAUAGUAAGGAAGAGAAAUCCUGUGCACAGAAAACUUUAGCUGGUCGAAUUGCUCAAAUGUUCAAUAAGAAUCCAGAUUCAGCGUCAAGUAGAGGUGUUGACUUGUUGGAGGUACCUGAAACUGCCAAACCUGAGGUUUUAGAUGACAAGUGUGAGGAUCAGUCCUUUUCUGUUUCAUUUGAAGAAGCAAUGAAAACAAUGGAGUCCAGAGAUCAAGGUUCUGAAGUUCCUAGCAAUUUACCAGGGGGACUCCUUGUAGACCAAAUUUAUGUAAUUGCACCCCAAGAUCUAAAUAGUCUACUUUUUUCGCCUGACUCAAGCUUUGUCAGAGCAGUGGCAGACGUACAGGGGAAUACAGAACUGCAACUGGGGCCUUGGAAAUUUGAGAAUGGUAGCGAGAGCUUGAAAAGAGUUGUAACUUAUAUUAAGGCCGCAAGUAAAUUAAUUAAGGCCACAAAAGGCAUUGAGGAGCAAAAAUACCUAAAAGCUGAUGGGAAAGUUUUUGCUGUUUUAGCAAGUGUGAACACUCCAGAUCUUAUGUAUGGGAGCACCUUUAGAAUUGAAUUGCUUUACUGCAUCACACCUGGGCCAGAGUUGUCAUCAGGAGAGCAGUCUUCACAUUUGGUGAUAUCCUGGCGCGCAAAUUUCGUGCAGAACACCAUGAUGAAAAGUAUGAUAGAAAAUGGAGCCCGAAGUGGUCUAAAGGAAAGUUAUGAGCAGUAUGCAACUUUCUUAUCUCAGACUGUUAAGCCAGUUGAUUCAAAGGAUAUGGGGUUAAAUAAGGAACAGAUUUUGGCUUCAUUACAAACAGAGUCCCAGUCAGACUGGAAGCUAGCUGUGCACUAUUUUGCAAACUUUACUGUAGUUUCCUCGAUUUUUAUGGGAUUUUACGUGCUUAUCCACAUCUGGCUUGCCACAGGCAGCACAAUUCAGGGGCUUGAGUUUGUUGGGCUUGAUUUACCAGAUUCUAUUGGUGAAUUGAUUGUAUGUGGUGUACUGGUUCUUCAAGGUGAAAGAGUGCUAAAGUUGUUUUCACGCUUCAUGCAGGCGAGAAACCAAAAGAGCACUGAUCACGGAGUCAAAGCACAAGGUGACGGGUGGUUGUUGACUGUUGCCUUGAUUAAGGGAAAUAAUUUAGCAGCUGUCGAUUCAAGUGGGUUCUGUGAUCCAUAUGUGGUGUUCACUUGUAAUGGGAAAUGUAGAACCAGCUCCAUUAAGUUUCAGCAAUGUGAUCCCCUCUGGAAUGAAAUUUUUGAAUUUGAUGCAAUGGAUGAACCUCCUUCGGUGCUAGAUGUGGAAGUUUAUGAUUUUGAUGGACCUUUCAGUGAAGCUACAUCUCUAGGACAUGCUGAAAUCAAUUUUGUAAAAUCUGAUAUAUCGGAUCUAGCUGAGGUGUGGGUACCUCUUCAAGGAAAGCUGGCACAGGCUUGUCAGUCUAAGUUGCAGUUGAGAAUUUUCCUGAACAAUACCAAGGGUAGCAAUGUUGUUAAAGAAUAUUUGAGUAAGAUGGAGAAAGAGGUGGGGAAGAAGAUAAAUCUGAGAUCUCCUCAAACAAAUUCAGCUUUUCAGAAACUCUUUGGGCUUCCGCCAGAGGAAUUUCUUAUCAAUGAUUUCACGUGUCACUUGAAGCGAAAAAUGCUCCUACAGGGUCGCCUAUUUCUGUCUGCAAGAAUAAUUGGGUUCCAUGCAAAUUUAUUUGGGCGCAAGACAAAAUUCUUCUUCCUUUGGGAGGACAUAGAAGACAUUCAAAUUUUACCGCCUUCUUUGUCAUCUAUGGGCAGUCCAGUUAUUGUUAUGACACUCCGGCAAGGCAAAGGUAUGGAUGCCAGGCAUGGUGCAAAGACACAAGACGAAGAAGGCAGGCUGAAGUUCCACUUCCAGUCUUUUGUAUCUUACAAUGUGGCAAAUCGGACAAUCAUGGCUCUGUGGAAGGCUAGAUCGUUGACUUUUGAACAGAAAGUGCAAAUAAUUGAAGAAGAAUCAGAAGAAGCCAAAAGCCUCCAAACUGAAGAGAGUGGGACCUUCUUGGGGGUUGAGGAUGUAACUAUGUCUGAGGUUUAUUCUGCAGUUCUUCCUUUCCCUAAUAGUUUCUUCAUGGAGCUAUUUGGUGGGGGGGAAUUGGAGCGUAUUGUUAUGGAGAAAGCUGGUUGUCUUAACUACUCUUGCAGUCCAUGGGAAUCAGAGAAGCCUGAUGUAUAUGAGAGGCAAAUUUAUUAUAGAUUCGAUAAGAGUAUAUCACGUUAUAGAGGAGAGGUGACAAGUACUCAGCAGAGAUCUCCCUUGUCCAAUGGGAAUGGUUGGGUUGUUGAAGAGGUUAUGACUCUUCAUGGAGUUCCACUUGGUGACUAUUUUAAUCUUCAUCUUAGAUACCAAGUUGAGGAUUCACCCUCAAGACCAAAAGGAUGCCUCAUACAGGUAUUCAUUGGAAUUGCAUGGCUGAAAAGUACUAGGCAUUUGAAAAGGAUUACAAAGAAUAUUGUCUCACAUCUGGACGAGCGCCUGAAGGUGAUUGUCAGUGUGGUUGAGAAGGAAUUUACAACUAGAUAGUGGAUAGAUUGUGCAAUGGCAUUAGUCGGCAAAUACAAUUACUAUGGACGUUAUUGGAGAGAACUGAUAGUUCUGUAGCGACCGCUAUUCAUAUCACUGCUAUUGUCUGUCCAUUUUUUUUUUUUUUUUAGUGACACGCUUAGUGGGGGCAAUCAUCCAGAUAUGCAAAUCCAAAUCUAGCAGUCAUUUGCAUCGAUUAACACAGAUGCUGUUGAAUCUUCAGUUUUAGAUCUAGCAGUGCUUUCAUUAUUUCCAGAUCGUAACCCUUUGUACAAAUGGGUAACAGUCUUGAUAGUUACUAGGAUGGCUGGAAACUUUAUUUUUUCAAGUAGUCUGACAUAAAUGAUCAAUUUGUUACUCUUAUGUACAUUACUUGGUAAAGAUUAUAGUGAAAGAAUUUCAUUAUUUGUGCAA